AUGGACAUUGCGUCCAAGCUCCGCGCGUUGGAGACGAAGCUCCAGCAAGUCGACAGAAUUGUCUCCGCGCUCCAGCUGUCAACUCCACACGCUGGAAGGAGGACCCGACGCAACAAUCCCCGUCAGACCACCAAGCCAACGUCGGAUCUGGAUAUGCUGAAGGACCUCCUCACGGGACUUCAUGCUGAACUACAGCAAAUACGGGAAGAGGUUUCGCGAACAUCCGAGCAGCCUAGCCAAGAGACUUUGCCUGCCCAUGCCGCAUCGCCGAGCUCAGCGCUCUCUUCCCCGCCGCCGUCUGUCGUGCCGGACGAACACUCGGACCCACCCGUGGACCAUCCGGCGCCCUCGCCGCGAGUGGUCGAUCUGCCCACCCACCAGGAGCCUGUCCCCAGUCCACUUCCGGACGCCCCGGACGCCCCGGACGCCGGUGGACCCCGCGCAGACCUGGAGCCGCCCACGGCGGCUGACUCGGACUCUGCGGCACUAUCGCCACUUUCCAAUCUGGGCUCCGACGUGGAAUGGGCUUUGCAGCAUGCAGGGUCGCUCUUCGAAGCGCAGGGCGACUCGCCGACCGACCCGGCCCCGCCUGAGCCUGCACCGAUUACGACUAGGCCUAAGUUCAGCCUGACGAUUGAGGAGAUGGGUGUCAAUUUGGUGCCGAACAUCGCCAAGAUGGUCACCGACGAAGACUUUACGGGCAAGGUCCAGAUUACAAACCUGCCUGAGAUUGACUGGGCCAAUUUGAAAUCCAGCAUUGGGCGGCCUAAGGAUCGCGAGCAUCUAGGAAACGUGUACACCAAAGGUCCCGAUGGAUCCGGAUACGCGUUUCUGAAGCUAUCACCGUCCACCAAGUUCGUCUUGCCGGACUUCUCUCAGAUGCCACAGAAGCCAUCGGAAGGCGAGACCACGGCGUUUCUCGACAACAUCGCCAGAGACCCCCCCAAGGGAUCCAUACCAUAUUAUGCCGGGCCGCCGCUGACGUCCAACAUCAAAUCGUUCCUCCACCCAGGGGACGCUCUUGCGUCCAUGGAAGCCAUUGCCGGCGGGAACUCGCCGUACACUUACAUCGGCGCGAGAUAUUCCGGCACCGGCUGGCACGACGAUGACGCUCUUCUCUGGUCAUGCAACUACGUCAGCUUCGGUUGGAAGCUGUGGCUUGUCAUUGCGGAACAUCACAGGGCGAGGUUUGAAGCCUUCAUCCGCCGACACUGGAAAGCAAACCGAUGUGCGCAGUUCGUCCGCCAUCUGUCACUCUUCAUCGGCCCGUCAAGGCUUCGUGAGGAAGGUAUUGACUUUGCUGUACACUGCGCAGGGCCCGGCGACAUGGUCAUCAUCCGCCCCGGUCAGUAUCACGCCGUCGUCAACUACUCUUCAUGCUUUGCCACGGCAAUCAAUUUCUCGCUGCCCGGAGACCCCGCCAUGCCGCCAGAUCUCGCUGUCUGCAAGCAAUGUGGGUUAUACCCUCUGCACCUCCCGGACUUCCGCGUCGUCUCGCCCCCUCCCUUGGACCCCGUGCCAGGCGUGGAGACAGAACAUGUCAGCAUCGCGGCGAGGACAAAACUCGCGAGACGGCCGACGGCGCGGCCACAGGAUUCGCAGCCGGCUAAGAAACCGAAGACUUCCCGGCCUCAUCCAGAGUUAGACGAGAUUAUCAGCCACGUUUUAAAGAUCGACAAACUCUGCCAUGUCCCUCGUAUCGACCCCAGAAAUCCACCAAGCCCCGAAGUUUUGAAACUAGCCAUGGCCAUUGGCAGCCGCCCGGCGAUUCAGCAAUUCUGCGACCUCGUCCGCAGCAGACGAGAACCGAAUAACACACGACUUUGCCUCUCCUAUAGCUUAUCCCUCCCUUCGAAAUCGGGCUCCAAGAACUUCCAAAGCGACCUCCUCCGGCUUAUUUCGGCCGCUGCCUCCGAUGAUUUCGAAUUCGAUCGCGUCAAACCCCUCCUGAAGUCGGCCCUCUCUAAAGUCGAUGAUUUCACCAUCUGGGAUCAAGCAUACAGCGCCGUCUCCGAAACCACGCCACCCCCCCGAACGAUAGCCUCCUCACUUCAACAAACACCCUGGCAACAUAACACGAGCAGUUUCGCCAACUCGUCCGAACACCGUCGAUAUGUUGACGAUAUACUGAAAGAGGAGCUCGGCACUAUGUACGUCGGGCUUCCCGGCUUUCGAGACGCAUAUUUUGGAGUUGUGGUCGGACUUGAGGCUGCGUCCAAGGAGUUCUUCAAUCAAUGCCUUAAUGGCAGCAAUCCUACCUUCCACGACGACGACGGCUGGGAGGGAUGGCCCCAGGACGCAAACGAGAACAGCGUCCUGGAAUGGCUCGCCACGUUCGUGAAGAAGCUAGUGGUAUUCGCAGAUACCCAGAAGUCGAAUACGACACAUCAACGAAAACUCCUAGCACAGCCCAACACACCAAUGCGGGGUUCCACAGCAAAUCGCAAACUGGAUGUUGGGUUUGUCGACAAGGGCGAGACUGCCAAAGAUUCUCAAUACCACUGGAAGCAAAUACUGGUACCUGGAGAACUUAAGAGCAACCCAUCUGCCAACAUAGCCUCUAAGGCCUGGCUUGACCUUGGAAGGUAUGCAAGGGAAGUGCUCGCUGCACAGGACACCCGACGCUUUGUCCUGGGCUUCACGCUCUGUGGAUCUUUCAUGAGGGUGUGGUCCUUUGACCGGCUGGGAGCCAUUGCCUCAGAGCAAUUUGACAUCAAUAAAGACGGCCUGCAGUUUGUGAUUACAGUACUUGGGUUUCUUUGGAUGGACGAGGAAGCCCUAGGGUUUGAUCCAACAGUCAAGCUAUCGGACAACAAGCGCUUCAUCAACAUCAUGCGGGAUGGUUCCACGGAGCGGAUUGUUAUUGAUGAGCUCCUAGGCCGGGCACGCUGUGUGGCUGGCCGGGCUGCGACUUGUUGGAAAGCCCACCCUGAGGGACAUCCAGAGACGCCGCUUGUCAUCAAGGACUCAUGGCAGUAUCCCGAACGUGAUGAAGAGGGUGACCUCCUGCGGGAAGUGACGGACAAAGAUGUUGUGAACGUGGCCCGGUAUUAUCACCAUGAAACGGUCCAGGUUCACGAGACAAACGACGACAUUUGGAAUAAUGUUCGACACGGCCUAAAUGUCACAGCAGCAAGUAACUACCGGCCAGGACGACAGAUGCAACCAAGCAACAUGGCAAAAGAUACCAUGCGGAAGGGCCGCAGCAGCACCAGCAGGAAGCGUCUAUCCAGCCAAACUGAUUCCAUCCUUCCCCCAAGCAAGCGAUCCUGCUCCGCGUCUCCAACGAAGGCUACAAGCAUACCACCAAAUCGGGUUCAUCGGCGGAUUAUUCUUCAGGAUUAUGGCAAGCCCAUCUAUGAGGCAAGCUCUCGAUCAGCACUACUAGCUGCCCUAGUGGGCUGCAUUGAAGGUCACGAGUCUUUGUAUAAGGCAGGCAUUCUCCACAGAGAUAUAUCCAUCAACAAUCUCAUGAUCAACGAGGAUUGUGGCAACCCAUCAUGGCCUGCGUUCUUGAUUGACCUUGACCUGGCAAUUUGGGAACCACGAGAGAGCGCUUCAGGUGCUAAGGGAAAGACCGGUACCAGGGCCUUCAUGGCAAUCGGGGCUCUGCUAGGUGAGCAGCAUUCCUUCAUGCACGACCUCGAGUCGUUCUUCUGGGUGCUCUUCUGGAUAUGCAUCCAUUACGACAAGAAUGGCAAAGACAUUGGGCCAACUGAGUUUGACUGUUGGAAUUAUGAGAGUGACACGAAGCUCAUUCUAUCAAAGGCCAUUCUGGACUCGUUCACUCACCACGGCCCCAACGGACUGCACGCGUGUAUCGUCAGUACUCCUGCAUGGGCUACCAUAGCCCAGAGCCAUUUCCGACGCGAUCACGAAAUGAUGUUUCCGUUGGAGUCGGCUCGGUGUAUCAUCGCACAGCUCAUCACGGGUGUUGCGUCCUUGCACUCCGCAGGAAUCGUCCAUGGAGAUUUGCAUACCGGCAACAUUCUUCUGUCACUCCCCCGAGACCGACUUAUGGACCAGACCAUUGAAGAGGUUUACAAGAGACACGGACGGCCGACGAAGAUUCCUCUCCACCUGUAUCAAGAAAUGACACUUCGAAAACCCGCCAUUCCAGCCAAUGCGCCGCCAUACAUCGUCAAGAGCCUGGAUCUCGGAGGAGCAUGCGACACCAUCAAGCCAGCCGAUGCUAAGGUCUUCAUCGGAGACUUCAGCGAAUCAUGGAAGCCAUCUUCGCAGACAAAGCACACCCUCUCGACGCAAUACCCGAGCCGAGCACCCGAAUUCAUGUGCGGAGAGAAGCUGAAGAUUCCCAUGGGACUACCGUCAGACAUCUGGUCUUUGGGAUGCCUGAUUUAUCGGCUUUUAGGACCCAGGAACAUUCUGGAGUCUAGGGCACCCGAUGAUGAUGCCGUCUUCGCGGGGAUUGUUGGCAUGCUUGGAAAGCCUCCGCAGGAGUGGUGGAACGCUUGGGACAAUCGUGGGAAGUACUUCGACGGCUACGAUGCCAAGGAGGUUGCCCAAGACAUCUUAGAUGGCAAUGGAAAGCCCGACCAGAAGCGCGCGUCGUUACAGCGCCGUGUGCAGGUCUGGCUGCCCGAGGACGGACGUUCGAACAUCUCGAGCGAAGAGCAACGAGACCUGCUAGCUCUUCUGAAUCCGAUCUUCCAAUGGCGUUCUGAAGAUAGACCCACGGCGAGUCAGCUGCUGUCUUCAUCUUGGAUGACGAAAUGGGGCCUUCCAGCUGUCAAGGCCAUGGAGCAAGCUUCUGUUCAGACGGUUAACAAAGAUGCGGACAAAGGAGAUCCAAAGGUCAGUAAUGAUCCAGACACCGAGAGUCAGAAGCUGGUACAAACAGAGGUUGUGGACAAAAUGAAAGAUGGAGAGAAGUCGAAGACGGGAAACAAGUUGCAGGAAGGAAACAAGCCGGAGACUGGAGGGAAGGAAGAGAUUGGCGAGAAAAUGAAGGCAGGCAAGGCGGACACUGUUGAGGCGAAGACAGACGAGACAAAGAUUGGCAAGGCGAACACUGGCGGCACGAAGACACAGACGACGUCGACCGCAAAGGUUGUCCCAGUGAAGCAGAUUGUCGGAAAGAAGUAG